GGCGAACAUCACCGACUCGAUCGACUCGACUGACUUUUAUCCGUUAUUAUUACGAAAUCUCACGGGAUGAUCGCGGCGGCGGCCGCGGUGAACGUGUAUACAGUGAACUUUCUAAGAAUCGGACACGAACGGCACGCCGCAGUGUCGUUAGAGUAUAGAGGACGGCGAUAAAAUUAUAAAAACGGUCGAUUACGCAAGCCCGGUGUCAUCGACGAUGAUGUCAAGCCUUUCGAUGUUUUGAUUCACGAUCGCUCUUUUUAAACGUGCGCCGCAUUCGUCGUGGUCGGGAAUCGACGCGGACGACGAUGUCUCGAUGUCUGUGCAGCUCGUUCCGUGCGCGUAUCGACGCAGAGACGCGGAGAUCCUGAACGGAACGGAACGACAACGACGACGACGACGACGACGACGACGACGACGACGACGUUAAUAAUGCCUCGCUGAAAUGUCGUGUGCCGUUUUGCCGAGUUCGCAGCAGUUCGCAGUUCGCCGUGUCGUUCGCCCGAUUCAGUGGCUGGUACCGAGUCGAGGAAUCGCGCGCAUACUUUUUCGGCUGACCCCGGGACCCAGGACGAGACUAACAGUGGCGUCAGACCUUGAAGCGUUCGAAUCAUUUAUCAUGCUUCCUUCUAACGUGAACGAUGUUCCAAUUUUUUAAGAAGCCUGGACAGAAGGACAGGCCCGGAUCUUCGCAAGUUUCACCCGCAAAAUCGACCAGCUCUGGGAGGUCGUUCGGAGAUGUGUACAACGACGGUACAGCGAUUCAAGCGUCAACAGGUGCGUCGUGCACCCUUGAGGAGGAAGAGGAAGACCAAGCUCUCAACGACGGUGAAACGAAAGGAACGUGUUCCUUUAAUUCGCAGCUCUCUAAGACUCUCCCGCAGAUACUCGCGGACAAAGGUGCUCUAGGAUAUUUCAUUCAAUUCAUGGAGACUCAAAACCGUAUAGCACUCAUUAAGUUCUGGUUGGAAGUGGAAUGUCUGUGCGGUUCGUUCAAGGCCUUAGAGACUGAGACGGAGAACGUAGAAUGCCUGAAUUGCGUGAAGAGCAGAAACGAAGUUUUCAAUCCGUUCGACGACAUCGAGAACUUGCACCGCGACGCGACGCACGACGGUGUCGACGAUCCCGAUACAGACAAUACGUUGUACAACGAAUAUGUAAAUAGUAAAAACACGAAAUCAAAUUGCAACGACAUGCCAAAGACUAAAGGGAGAGUGAGCAGCGUGCGAAGAACCAGCCAGAAAUGCAGAAGAAGAGACGCUACUACCAUUAGACAGGACGCGUUAAGAAUAUACAAAAAGUAUAUUACUAGGGAUACGCUUGGUACGAAUCGAAUUCCAGAGGAAUUGAAAGAUCGAAUGGAGAAGGCUUUCGACUGUGAAAAUAUCGAGCCUACGUUGCAGUGUCUGUCUGCUGUUCAAAAGACCGUGUAUGAGACGUUAGAAAAUGAGCACGUUAACGAUUUCCUGAGGAGCGAAUUUCACUGUAAACAUCAGAUCGACGUUCUCACAAGUGGCAACGUACAGUUGGCCGAUAUACUCUACGAUGAAACUGCGUUUUUUUAUUUCAUGGAAUUUAUGGAGUUGGAAAGUAAACGUGAAUUGUUAGACUUUUGGAUGUCUGCUAUGAGUUACAAACAAAAUUUACUGGAGAAGAAGGACACCGAGACACCGGGCGAGGCACAAGCCGAUGCUUUAAUUAUCUAUGACAGGUAUUUCAGUUUACAAGCAACGAAGCCCCUCGGUUUUACCGAUAAGAUUCGUUUCCAAGUCGAGCAGAACAUCUGUCGCGAGGACGGAGAGGGACCACAGCCCGAUUGUUUCGACGAACCAUGUAAAAUUGUAUAUAAUUUCUUGAACAAGCAUUAUCUACCUAACUUCUUAUCGUCUCAGUUGUAUUACAAAUACUUGUCCGAACUGAUUGGUACGAUACAGAGCAGUCCAUGUUCAAAUUUACAUCUCAGGCUGAAACGAGCAGGUUCCGAUUGCAGCAGCGAAAUCAGUUCAGCCAGUAUUAAUAUGCAGACGCAAAACACCCUGCAGGCGGGGAACGAAGGGAGUAAAUUGAACAAUAAUAACAACAACAAAAGAAACAUCGUCGGUGGCAUGAACAUCGACACUAGGCAACUCUACGAUCCAGACUCAUUGUGGAAACGUAAUAAAUACAGUCUGAGCGUCGGCUAUAUCGACGAUUUAGGCAGAUUCAUCACCGAGAUAGAGCCUGAUCCUCAAAGGAAGUACGAAUCUCGAUUGACGCGUGCUGUGAAAAGGCUUGUACAUAUCGAGGAAGAUAAGGCCAAAGAGGAGUUGGCAUGGAAGAUUGCCGAAAUGAUCGUGCGCGAGAUCACGUCCUUGACUCUUGGAGCUUCGAAUUUUUCAUCUUGAUGACAGGCAGACACUGCGCCAGGCGUCGCUUUAUUUUACUUUGCACUUGAACGUGAAGAUAUAUUCUCCUGCCUUUUUUCGAAUCGAUGUCGCACAUUCUAUUGUCCAAGUGCCAAAUUGAAAGUAGGUAAGCCUAAUCGUUUCAUCGUAUUCAAUAAUCGAAUUUCAUCGAUUGAAACUGUAAUCUCCUUUUCUCAACGUUGAGAUUAUAAAAGUAUUCUUUUCUCGAGUAUUUUACGAUAUAAUUAUACUUUUAAUACGACGUACGCACAUCUGCAUCGUGCAGAGACAGUGCACGGAGCAUACUGUUUCGUUGUGUUCAGCGUGAUCUACAAGCUGUUUUCAAUUGUCCAACUGCCAAGUACUUCCCUAGUUUCACAUUUUGUUCAAAUCGAGGUUUCCUUGCUCGUUAAUGUAAGACGUUCAAAGGAGAAAGAACGUUUUCCAUGUGACAGACGAACGACACGACAUAUCGUGAACUAUGAUCACGAUGCGCGAGUUGUAAACGUCGACGAAUCGAGCGUGCUUUAGAGAUAUUGAUAAGCUUUCCAUGAGAUCGUAGACAUUUACUUGGCAGUGUAAGUACAUAGUUGUAGUGGUACAGUGUAAUAGCUCUGAGCGAUGUAUAAUAAUAUAGCAUUCAGUUUGUAUAGUCGAACAAUCUUUACGUAGGAUCAGUAUCGUGUAACUAGUAUUAGCAGGUGAUAUUAUUGAUAUAAGCGGUAUUUUAUCAAGAUCGAAUCUAUUUUUAAACAAAGAAAAGAAAACGGACAAAGCUGUGUACUGAGACGAUACGACAAAGAUCGUCUGAUGCAAAAGUUACGUCGUAGAAAUAUUGGUCGGUCGAGCUCAACGAUGUACAUCGAAUACUUUCUGUGUGAGAGCAGAAGAACGAGUAGUAGUUUCACUCCGUUUCGCGUAGUAGUUUCUUCGCUAAUGAAUAAUUUUCAUAAUACGUUUGGUGCUACAUGCAGACGAGACUCAAACAGGCACAGACUCAGUAAUCGUGACAGAAUUUACAAAACGUGUAAGUGUUCGGGAAAACUAGAUCGUUCGUGGAUGGCGAUGUAUAUAAGAAUUUUUUAUCAAAAGGAGGCACGUUGUCAAGAGUAAAAUAUGUUGGUCCGUGACAUCUGUUCGGAAAGUUGUACGCGCACUAUUUUCUGAGACAGCGUAUUUUCUUAAGAGGUGCUUCUUCGACUGUGACGAAAUAAAUCAAAUCCCACGUCUCUCACGCGUUCAAUCAAAAACGAUUAGCUGUAUCUGUAUCUAAAUGUAUUCAAAUCUCGGUUAAGAUUUAUAUUUUGUAAUUUAUUCGUAUUAAAAUAGUGACAUAAGAAACGUUA